AUGCCGCCAAAUCGAUUCGCUGCUAUUGCAGCGGAGGAACAAGUGACGAAUCUUCGUACGGAGUUUGAAGAAUUUGUGGCUAAGUCCUCUGCUAAUGUGAAGCUGGUGGAGGAAAAUGUUACGAUGAUGCGAGGGGAGCUAGCGCAGAUUAACGCUACUAUGACGCAGUCGAUCAAAGCGAAUGAGGAUAUGAUGAAGAUGAUGUUCACGAUGUUCGAGAAGAAGUUUGUGGCGCUGGAGGCAAGAUUCUCCGAUGGUGAGCUAAAUCCUGAACUACUGGAGGAAUCUGCAUCCUGCAAGGGUAAAAAUCACUUACCUCACUCAAUUUGUUCUUGUUAUGGUGGUAAAUUGGGUAAAAUUGAGGAGAAUUGUAGUAUUACUAAACCUAAUUACACUCAGAAAUCAGUAAUUGAUGUAAAAGAGGUGGGAGAGGAAUUAGGCAUAGGAAGGAGUUAUAAUGCAGGUGGCAAGGUGGCUGUUCAGAAUGAUAAGAAAGGAGGAUAUGUUUGCAAAAUGGAGCAUAUUAAUCUGAUAAUUGUGGAUAAUGAUGUGGACUUGGAUAAGGUGCAUUGGCUGGGUGAGGAAUUGGGAGGUGGAUGCAAGGAAAUGGAAAUUUCUUCAGUUCCAUUGCAUACUAUAUCUUGCUGGGAAGAGUGUUGGGCUCUAGAAGUAGAAGAAGCACAGCCAAGGAAAUUGAUUAUCAUCAUUGGAUAUAUCAAUGGUGAAAUGGUUAGAAUUCUUGUGGAUACUGGUGCUGUGAGGAGCUUUAUUGACAAUCAGCUAGCUAUUAAGUUGGGAUUGGACAGAAAAGUGUGUCAAAUUGAAUUGUCAAGGGGAGGGAGAAGAUUUAUGUUGCAAGGCCAUUCCUUGGAAGCUGAGGAUGAGAUACAGGAGAUAAUGAGAAAUGUUGUACCUUUAAAAAGGCCAAGGAUGGAGGCUCAUUUCUCUUUUUUUGAUAAGAGAAUGAAGUGGUUUGAUCCUAACCCACCUUUCACUAAGAAUGUAGAGAUUUCUGCAGUAAGUGGAGAUGGAAGCGAUGAAAUCCCCAGAAUUGCAGUGGAGAAGGGUUCGUACUUCGGACGGCAAUCUAUUCUGGAAAACAGGGGAAGGCCACCAAAACGAUUAAUUAACACAAACUAA